AUGUCGUUCUUAGUGGCUGUGCAAUCAGCCAUCUUCUACAUUUGCGCUUGCACACCAUGCACCAACGCACGCGAACACCGGCAAUCGAAGAAGCAAGCCACGAGAGAUCGGGCUGAGAAACUGCGAAUGCAGGCUGAGAACCCACACUUAUAUCCGCAACCUGACCCCUUCAACACGAAUCCGUACUGGCAAGAGGAGAUAAUGAUGGGUCCUAGCUUGCCCAAGAAGAAGUCCGGUUCAGCAAGCAAGAAUACGAGCCAAAGGGCACUGAACAGCGCUGGCCGGGAAAGUAGGAGUACCACAUCAAGUAGUAUCGCGGUCGGCACAACCCAUAUUGAUAGCACAACAACCGUCGUGCCAGAAGAUAACGAGUCGACGCUAUCGACGAGCAUAUCCCAGACAUGGUCCGACGACUGGAAUAAAAAGAGAUAUCAGCGCGAGGAUGAAGAGCUGUGGGGAAGAGAUUUCUCCCAAGCUGGUCACAGACUGAUAGAUGCCAUCAAGUACGCCGGCAACUCAGCCAAUCGCAUGCUUGAGACCUUGGGGAAAGAGCCGCGGGAAGUGACCGAGGAAGAUAGAUGGGACUUCUACUCUACUGCCAAGAACCCCCCGGUGAAUGAUUACCACCCCCCUAUCGUCAGCCAACGGCCCAAGGACAAAGACGCUGCCAAAUGGAUGCUACAACCCCCACCUCCCGCGAAAAUCAUGGAAGGCAAAGUGCCAGUCAGCCGGAGCACCAGCUUGGCAAGUCAGGCCAGUAGGCGGACUAUGGCUAGCAAGGCAAGCAAGACUAGUAAUGCGCCUCCACUGGGCAGAAAGGUUCAGGAGAAAAUGAUCGACGCCAAACUGCGCAACGGGGAGGCGCCCGACCAGGCUGAGCUCGCCGCUUCGGUACGACGGUCAAAUCAGAGAAGGAGCACAGCAUCAAGUCGAGGCGGCAUAAGCCAGCGCACCACCAGGAGCCGAAGUCUCUCGCAGGAUUCUUCCGAUGCAUCAGAUGAACCAAAGAAGCAGCGGAGAAAGCCUCGUGCCAGGGCACAUAUUACGCCCAAUUAUGACUCGUCAGAAGAUGAGGACUACUUGCGCGGAAGUAUAGAUUCCCUUGGCGUAACGACCCGCGCGGCGAAACGCCCGAACUUGCCAACCAUCAAGAGCUCACAAAUAGGUCACGCAAGUGAUAAGCCAGCGGGACAGAUGUCCCUGGGAGCACCGGAGAGCCUGACUCCUCAACCUUCUCCUUUGAGAGAUAUAUUGAACAGUCCACACUCAAAGGGUGAGACGCCGCCAGUUACCAAACAGGAGCCUACAGAACUACCCAGCAAGCCGACAUUUCUGGAACCAGUACAAGCUGCGUAG